AUGGUUUCGGGAUUGAAAGUCAAUUUCCAUAAAAGUUCUUUAAUUGGUGUUAAUGUCCAAAGGGAAUUUAUGGAGGCGGCUUGUAGGUUCUUACAUUGUAGAGAAGGUGUCAUUCCUUUCAAGUAUUUGGGGUUGCCGGUUGGAGCUAGUUCGAAGAAGGUGUCAACUUGGGAGCCUAUGUUGGAGCAAUUGAGGAAGAGACUAAAUUCGUGGGGGAACAAAUUUGUGAGUCUAGGAGGUCGAAUUGUCCUUCUAAAUUCCAUUUUAAAUGCCAUUCCUAUCUUCUACCUAUCUUUCUUGAAGAUUCCGGCUAAGGUGCUUAAGAUGGUGGUCCGUAUCCAAAGAGAGUUCCUUUGGGGAGGAGCAAGAGGUGGCCGAAAAAUUAGUUGGGUAAAAUGGAGGAAGGUGUGUCAUCCUAGAAGUAAAGGUGGCUUAGGUGUUAGGGAUGUUAAGGCGGUGAAUUUGAGUCUUUUGGCAAAGUGGAAGUGGCGCCUCCUACAUGAGGACCAAUCACUUUGGAAGAGGGUGUUGGUGGAAAAAUAUGGUGAUCAUGUUGGUGGUUUGGCACCGUGGGAGGGUGCUAGGUGGCCGAGGUUCUCUUCGCUAUGGUGGAAGAACCUUAUGGCUUUGGAGGAUGGGGUGGGCGAAAAUUGGUUUUCAAAUAGGGUGAUGAGAAGAAUUGGUGAUGGAAGGAAUACUAGUUUUUGGGAGGAUAGGUGGAUUGGGAAAAGCCUUUGUAUAAGAUAUACCUGA